GGCCGUCCCCUGGCCUGACAGCUGAAGGGCCCAGCAGUGGGGCCAGUGGAGCUGAUCUCCUCCGGCAGGGCUGGGCAGGAAGUGGGGUGGAGUUUGGGGCCCACCGAGGUAGGAUCUAGUACCCCAGAACUGCUGCAGCCCAGACGAACCAACCCACUGGGAGAAGAUGCCUGGGGGUCCCGGAGUCCUCCAAGCCCCACCUGCCACCAUCUUCCUCCUGUUGAUCUCUGCUGCUGGCCUGGGUACAGGCCUGGGCUCCAAGAGCCAGACCCUGUGGGUGAAGUGGGGCCCGGCAUCACUGACGGUGUCCAUGGGAAGCACGGUCGACCUCCCGUGCUGGUACAAUAACAGCCGCUCUGGCAGCAACCAAAAUGUCACAUGGUGGCGCAUCCUCGGAAGCAACUACACGUGGCCCCCUAAAUUGAUUGGCCACGGCAAGGGCCUGAAUGGUGAACUGACCCUGGAAUCGGUGAACAGGAGCGAUGCGGGCAUAUACAGGUGCCAAAUCAAAUAUGACAAUAAUGUCCUGCGCUCCUGUGGCACCUACCUCCGUGUGCGCGAGUCGAACCCCGAACCCUUCCUGGCCAUGGGGGAGAGCACCAAGAACAACAUCAUCACAGCCGAGGGGAUUAUCCUGCUGUUCUGUGCGGUGGUGCCUGGGACACUGUUGCUGUUCAGGAAACGAUGGCAGAACAUGAAGUUCGGGGUGGAUGCCCGGGAUGACUAUGAAGAUGAAAAUCUUUAUGAGGGCCUGAACCUCGAUGACUGCUCUAUGUAUGAGGACAUCUCCCGGGGCCUCCAGGGCACAUACCAGGAUGUGGGGAGCCUCCACAUCGGAGAUGUCCAGCUGGAGAAGCCGUGAUAGUGAACAGCCCGGCUGCCCCUGCCUGCCGUGCUCCCAACUCCACCGUCUCUUCCCGUUGAACCAGUUCUUUUCACAAUCUUUCUCAAGAGUGUCCUGCAUCAACUUCCCUAUUAGGAGUGUUCUCUGCUUUUGCUCC